AUGUAUAAUAAUACAUAAAUGAAUGAUAUAGGUGUGGUGCAUGUGUCAAAGUCCCAAAGUGACUCUUUUUACUCAUUGUGGAUGUUGUGCAAUGUUGUGGAUCCAAGUGUGUAUCUGAAGUGUUCAUGUAAACAUUUCACGUGCCUUGUCAUAUGUUCAUGAAAAUAUUAUUUAGAAUGAGAUACGCAUAAGUUGUAUGAUUGAGUACGAAAGAAAAACUGGAAUGGAAGGACACGAGGAAGACGAUUUAGAAGAUUUGAAUUCAACUGUUUACACGUUUCCACCGAAUGUGCAGAAUGUAAUCGAACAGGUUCUCCCUAGCACAGAUCCACUGGACCAACCAAACUUCAAUGUAGUGGAUUAUGUAAAUUCAUUAUUUCCCACUGAACAGUCAUUGUCAAAUAUCGAUGAUGUAGUAAAUAAUAUGGAAUUCAAAAUACGUACCAUAGAUAAAGAAAUUCGUUCUGUAGUACGUGGUCAAACAAAUGUGGGUCAAGAUGGGAGAGCAGCAUUAGAAGAUGCGCAAAAAGUAAUAAAACAAUUGUUUGUUCACAUAAAAGAUAUCAAAGAUAAGGCAGAACAGUCUGAGGAAGUAGUUAAAGAAAUAACGAGAGAUAUUAAGCAGCUCGACUUUGCUAAAAGAAAUCUCACUGCCUCAAUUACUGCUUUAAAUCAUUUGCACAUGCUUGUGGAAGGAGUGGAUACCUUAAAGGUAUUAACACAGAAAAAACAGUAUGGUGAAAUUGUUUUACCUUUGCAAGCAGUAAUGGAAGUGAUGCAACAUUUUAAUAGCUAUAUGGAUAUACCUCAAGUAAAACAAUUGUCUGAUGAAGUACGUCAGAUACACGUUGAAUUAGCUCAACAAAUUAAUGCAGAUUUUAAGCAAGCAUUUUCUGGUCAAAAUUCGAAAUCCUUUAACCAACUUACACAAGGAUGCUUAGUUUUAUCUGUCUUAGAUCCGAAAGUAAAGAAGGAUCUGCUCACCUGGUUUGUCGGUAUUCAAUUACAAGAAUAUCAACACCUUUUCGAUGAAAAUCAAGAUUUUGCAUGGUUAGAUAAAAUCGAUCGACGCUACGUAUGGAUAAAAAAGCAUUUACUUGAUUUUGAGUCAAAAUUUGGUACAAUCUUCCCGCAAGAUUGGGAAAUUUCGGAACGAAUUGCCGUGCAAUUUUGUCACGUUACGCGAGAAGAUCUUACAAAAUUAAUGCAUAAAAGACGUUCCGAAAUUGAUGUAAAGUUGCUACUUUAUGCAAUUCAAAGAACCAGUAAUUUUGAAUCACUAUUAGCAAAAAGAUUUACUGGCAUUACUUUGGAAAUUGUGGACACGACAAACAAACAGAAUACUACUGUUAAUAUAGAUACGACUGAUAAUAAGACUCCAGGAAAUCCUUUUGAGGAGAAUGAACAGCAGGUACAAAAUGAAAAACCCAAACCAUCACCAUUUGCAAAACUUAUAGGAAGAUGUUUCGAGCCAUAUUUGAAUAUAUAUAUAGAGAGUUUAGAUCGUAAUCUAGCAGAUUUAAUGGAUAAAUUUAUAUCGGAUUCUAAAACACAACCACCUGGUGCUAAAGAUUAUGAUGGUGUCGAAGGGCCUAGUAGUGUAUUAUCUUCUUGCGCGGAUCUUUUCGUGUUUUACAAGAAGUGUAUGUUGCAAUGCACGCAACUCAGUACAGGCUCCAUUAUGUUGAACUUGGCCGAAACUUUUCAAAAGUACCUGCGAGAGUACGCUCUUAAAGUUUUGCAAAAUAAUUUACCAAAAAUUGGAGGGGGUGCAGGAAUCGCCACAAGUAUGAGUAGUAUAACUCGAGAUUUUCGAGAUCUUUCAACGUCAGGUUUUAUACAGAAUUUUCAAAGUUUCUUGAAGGAAGGCGAAAGUACCAGAUUCAGCAAAGAGGAACAAUCACGUAUAUGCUGUAUACUAACAACUGCCGAAUAUUGUUUAGAAACAACGCAACAAUUGGAAGAAAAGCUUCGGGAGAAAGCAGAUAAAUGUUACGCGGAAAAGAUUAAUUUGUCUCAAGAACAAGACAUUUUUCAUAAUGUUAUAUCGAAUUGUAUACAGUUGCUUGUUCAAGAUUUGGAAUCAGCAUGCGAGUCUGCAUUAACUGCAAUGACAAAGGUGCAAUGGAGUGCCCUAGAAGUUGUUGGUGACCAAAGUAAUUAUGUUAAUACCAUUGUGGCACACCUGCGUCAAACGAUACCUACUAUCAGAGAUAGGUUGUCCUCUUGCAGAAAAUAUUUUACCCAGCUCUGUGUUAAGUUUGCAAGUUCUUUCAUAGUAAAAUUGAUACAACAGUUAUAUAAAUGCAAACCCUUAAAUACUGUUGGUGCUGAACAAUUAUUGUUAGAUGUACACAUGUUAAAAACAGCACUGUUAGAUCUCCCUUCAACAGGAUAUCAAGUUCAGAGAAAAGCACCAGCAACUUAUACUAAAGUAGUAGUAAAAGGUAUGGCAAAUGCUGAGAUGAUCUUGAAAAUCGUGAUGUCUCCAAUAGAAUCUCCAAAGGACUUCGUAAAACAAUGUCGCGUACGUUUGCCGGAUUUGCAGGCACCGGAAUUUCAAAAAAUUUUAGAUAUGAAGGGUUUGAAGAAGACGGAACAAGUUUUACUUUUAGAACAGUUCAAACAACCUGAGAAUAUAGACGUUUUACAUGACUCGAGUCACGUUAUACAAGAUAGCCCAGAACAUGAAGCAGGGCGAAUAAAAAGACUAGAAAAAUUAAUUAAAAAGAGAAUAUAA